ACCACCUGUCGUUUGACAAACGCACUAGUUUGACUUGGGAUCGAAAAUGGCUGACAGCGGGGAUGCUGUGAACAGUUCGUCGUCUGGAAAAGAUGCUAGAAAUACCGUCACCGAUGGUCCUGUCACUGAUCCAGCAUCAAGUAGCAAGAGCCUAGAGGCAUCAAAUAGUGCCUUUCACGGCGCGAGAACAAAAUUAGAUUCCAAGUCUGGAGCCUUAAAGAAGUCUAGCCGUUAUCGUAGUCGAUCAUUAUCAGCCAGUAGCACAGACAGUUACAGUUCUGCAUCCUAUACAGGAAGUUCGUCAGACGAGGAUGAUGUGUCACCUCGUGAAAAAAUACAAAAAACUGAAAAUGGCUUCACAGAUUUCUGUGUACGCAAUAUUAAUCAACAUGCAUUUGGCAGAAGAGAGAUAGAAAUAGCAGAACAAGAAAUGCCGGGAAUUAUGGCACUUCGUAAACGUGCCGCUGAUGAUAAGCCGUUGAAAAAUGCUAAAAUCGUGGGAUGCACUCAUAUCAAUGCUCAAACUGCUGUUCUUAUUGAAACUUUAGUGCAUUUGGGAGCACAAGUUAGAUGGGCAGCAUGUAACAUAUAUUCUACCCAAAAUGAAGUGGCUGCUGCUCUAGCUCAUGCUGGUUAUCCAAUUUUUGCCUGGCGUGGUGAAACAGAAGAAGACUUUUGGUGGUGUAUUGAUAAAUGUGUAGCCGCUGAAAAUUGGCAACCUAACAUGAUACUAGAUGACGGUGGAGAUGCAACACAUUUAAUGCUCAAAAAAUAUAAUGCUAUGUUUAAAAUGAUUCAAGGAAUUGUUGAAGAGAGUGUAACAGGUGUACAUAGAUUAUACCAAUUAUCAAAAGCAGGAAAAUUAUCCGUCCCUGCCAUGAAUGUCAACGAUAGCGUAACGAAAACGAAAUUUGAUAAUCUUUAUAGCUGCCGUGAAAGUAUUAUUGAUAGCUUGAAAAGAUCCACAGAUAUUAUGUUUGGUGGAAAACAAGUUGUAAUUUGCGGCUAUGGUGAAGUUGGUAAAGGUUGUUGUCAAGCUCUCAAGGGUUUAGGUUGUAUUGUUUAUAUAACUGAAAUCGAUCCAAUUUGUGCUUUACAAGCAAGCAUGGAUGGUUUUAGAGUAAUGAAAUUGAACGAAGUCAUCCGAAAUGUAGACAUUGUUAUUACCGCAACUGGCAAUAAAAAUGUAGUUACGCGAGAACACAUGGAUAAAAUGAAAAACGGCUGUGUGGUGUGCAAUAUGGGACACAGCAAUACUGAAAUAGAUAUUAACAGUUUACGCACGCCCGAUUUAACUUGGGAAAAAGUAAGGUCUCAAGUGGAUCAUGUUAUCUGGCCAGAUGGAAAGCGCAUCGUAUUAUUAGCGGAAGGCCGAUUAGUCAACUUGUCUUGUUCCAGCAUUCCUUCAUUUGUUGUGUCGAUCACAGCUGCUACUCAGGCGUUAGCACUAAUUGAACUUUUCAACGCACCGCCAGGGCGGUAUAAAAGUGAUGUCUAUCUGUUACCCAAAAAAAUGGAUGAGUACGUGGCAUCAUUACAUUUACCGACAUUUGAUGCACAUUUAACAGAAUUAACAGAUGAACAAGCCAAAUAUAUGGGUCUUAAUAAGGCUGGACCUUUUAAGCCUAAUUAUUACCGCUAUUAAAAAUAUGCGGAUAAAUGAUAUGGUACAGUAUAUUUGAAAUUUAUGUUUAUGAAUAUUAAAAAAAAUAGCUGCUUCGUUUUAUUGAAGUUUCUUCUAUUAAUUUCAUUUAUCCGAACUAAUAAAAAGAUAGAAUAAGAUAUAUUCUAUUUUAUUAUUAAAUAAAAAUAAUGUUAAUAAUUUCCUUAUAUAUUCUAAAAAAUAUUUCCUUAUGAUUCCAACUAAAAUAUUGUCUCACUACUGGCUGCAAUAAUCAAUCACCAGAAUUUAUAUAAAUAAAUAUAUAUUUAAUUCAUAACAUUCAUGAGUAUAUAGCGAUUAAUUUAUGAUUAAGCAUGCAUAGGAAUACAUAUGCAGCUGUUCAGUUGAAUCGAAGUAUAAUUUGCUAAAUGACAGUUUGUAACGACUUUAAAACGAUGUUAAGAAAAAAAUUUCCUGUAAAGAUCUGUAUACGUAAAUCAUUUGUAACACUAUAGACUAUGUAAUUCAAAAACUUGUAUUGAGAAUAUUUUUGAUUUGUUAGAUAUUAUCUUCGGCCGUUUUAACAUGAAUGAAUUGUAAUAUUGGAAAUAUGUAUAUAUACAUAGAGGACUAACAUUACAAGACAUUGAUUGUUGUAUGAAUAAUUGAAGUAUAAUGAUGAUCAUCUUCUAAUGAGUUAAUAUCUUUGCAAUUACGUCUAGUAAUUGUACUCAAUUUGUUUAUCAAAACAAUGAUCGUAUACUUCAAUUUAGUAUUUCUGUUUUUAAACAUUGUAAAAAUGAAGCAAUUCAAACUAUGUACAUAAUUAUUUAAGAAAAAUUAGACAAAAAUCAACUCUUUUAUAAUUGGUCAUAUCAUCCGUUGAUAAAAAAUAAGGAAAAAUAGAAAUCAAAUAAACAUCAAUGAUGCCUUGAACCUAA